AUGGUGUACGGGUCGCGCAAGAUCACGGAGUCAGUAACCACCACGGGGACGACUUGGCUGUACAACAUUACCACCCAAGAAAAAAGAUCGAUCGAUAUUCGAAACGGCGUCGGCGUCGGUGUCGGCGUCGCCGGCGGUCCAACCCUCGCAGCCGCUCAACAAGGCCAAGGUGUAGCCGCUCUACUGGUGAUGCUCGCGGUGCUAUGCUUCAUCUUCGCGUAUUGCUGUUGGGGGGCACCAUUUUGCCGAUCUCUGUGCAGACGACACUGUUGCUGCCGUCUCGAGGAUCCUGAGCCAGACUCACGAUUCAGCAAUAACGAUCAGGCGAUGGUAGCAACGCCGACAAUUAUCCUCUUGCCACACGGUAGGAUGCUCGUUGUGGACGGUACAAUCUUCACGCAGUUCCAAAGCGAUCCAACUGGUUUAGAUUUAGUGGAACUCGGUGAUAGCGUGCUCCGUGCACAAAGAAAUCCCCGAAGCAUAAAUCGACAUCAGUUGCAGAACAGCCAAGGUAGUAUACUUGAAAUGGACGCAGAGACGCCGAGCAAAGAUAGCUUGGGAUCUGUUGGAUGUUUUCCACCACCAACUUAUGAAAGCAUUUAUGGGAAAGAAGAGUCAGACAUGCCACCAUCCUAUUCUGAUAUCCUGUUACACAGGUUCGCUAACCUUCCUCAUGAGAUAGAUAUGCAAGGAUAUUGUCACGAUGGCAAAGAGGAAAUUGAAAUGCAGAGCCUAGAUGGUUGUCCGCAUAUAUUAGGUAAUCCAAUGAACGGAAUAGCAUAUCCGUACGCAACAGUAACGAAUUUCUCGAGUCAGAGUUUUCCACGAAGACACGUCUCAAGAAAUCCAUCGAUCAUUAGCAAUCCUCUCGAUAGCUAUUACGUAGAUAACGAAUUAGAAUUGUACCGGUUGAGCCAGGAGAUGGUACCUCGAGUAUUUAGCAAUGCGAAUUUUGAGGCGCUUAGAACAUACCAAGAUGAAACUUCGUUUCACAUUAUGAACGGAAAUGAAACCCAACGACAGCACAAUCCGUUAUCAGACAAUGGAAAUUAUUGUGCGUCCGAUAAUACCAUUCGAAACAACGAAAGAAUUCCUCUGAAUAAUACCGAGGAAGUAUCAAGGAAUAUAACAUCGGCAAAUGAGUUAAUGAAUACGAGAAAUCUCGUUCGAAGUUUGUCUAGAACUAGUCAAGAAAGUAGAAAUAAUGUAGAGAAUUCACAUAGAGAUAACCAAGAGACUGGUGUAGUUUUCGUUCGGUUACCUCGCUCCGAGGAACGCAAUAACAGCCAUACUUCGCAAAAUUGGUAUGGCAUUCCAAACGAGAACGACAGGUCAAGAGCAGCACAACUAAAUCAAGAGGAUCAGUCUAGUCUAAGAAAUGCACAUGCUGAUAACAUUCAGGCGGAUGAAACAAACCAUAAUACGGAAUCUAAUUCGAUAGGAUACUAUAUCAGAAACCAAAGCACCGAAGAGGCCGCUGGUAGAUCACAGGUAGUAGAAACUGAAUCCAAUUACUCUGACGAGGAGACCAGAAAUUUCGGAGCAUUGGCGGACAUUCGCGAAAGUCGUGUAUAA